ACCAGUAUGAUACCCCCACCGUUAGGCUUGGGUAGACCUAGUCAAAAGAGUAUAAAAUACAAGCUGAUCAUGAUUCAAAACCCAGUUCGAGCUAGAUGUUGUGGGUUUGGAGAAAAGGAUCGAAGACCGAUCGAUCCUCCACCUAUUCUUCAAUUAUUUAUUGAAAAACCAGAUGGAACACUACAAAAUGCACAUGAAGACGAGAGUAACUUAUCACUUUUCGUGGUUCAAUGUGACCUUGUUUCAAGUGACGGUACAGAAUCCAGAAGUCAUGUUUUCAACCCUUCCUCUGCCAUUUCUCCACCCAUCACCAAUAUUACGAAUCAUAGCAGCGACCUUUCUGUUCGAAUUGAAGGCACGUUUUGUUUAAAGUUUAUGUUUAUGAAUUUAUCAGCGGGAGAUCCGUUGACAAUGAGUACACAAGUGUCAGAUGAUGUGAUAUCGAACCCAUUUACAGUGUAUUCUGCCAAGAAUUUCCCUGGCAUGACAGACUCGACAUCGAUUUCACAAUGCUUUGCACAACAAGGAAUAAAAAUCUCAAUAAGAAAAGGUAGGAGGAUUCGACGUUUGAAUGAUCGAAGUUUUACCAAUGAUACUGUAGCUGAUCGCUCAUCCUCCUCGACCACCCACAAAGAAGAUCCACCCGUCACCACCUCAACAACCACCACCCUCACCACCACCACCACCACCACCACCACCACCACUUCAGACACUAGCAGCAACAACAACAAUACGAAACAGGUGUAUAAGCGGAUCGAUAUUUCCACUUAUUUAACUCCCUCCUAA